UAGGUUCUUUGCGAUAAUGGCUGAAGUUGCUCCUGUUGCUGCCGCGGCCCUCAAGAGUACCGCGAGGAAGGCGGCUCCGAAGUCGCGUAAGGUUUCGGGCCCCAGCGUGACAGAGCUGUUGACAAAGGCGGUGACUGCGUCCAAGGAGCGCGGCGGCGUAUCCCUGGCCGCGCUGAAGAAGUCGCUGGCGGCCGCCGGCUACGAUGUGGAGAGGAACAACAGCCGCAUCAAGCUGGGCUUGAAGAGCCUGGUGACCCGAGGGAUCCUGCUGCAGACCAAGGGCACGGGCGCCUCGGGUUCCUUCAAGCUCAACAAGAAGCAGGCGGACAGCAAGGACAAGGCGCCCAAGAAGCCGGCGGCAGCGGCGAAGAGCAAGAAGCCCGCCGCGGCCAAGGUGAAGAAGGCAGUAGGAGGUGCUGGGGCCAAGAAAAGCGUCAAGAAAGUGGCCAAGAAACCGGCGGCAGGAGGCGCCAAGAAGGCAGCCAAGAGCCCCAAGAAGUCCAAAGUCACCAAGCCCAAGAAGACAACGAAGAGUCCUGCCAAAGCUUUGAAGCCGAAGGCUAAAGCCAAGCCGAAGGCAUCCAAACCCAAACUCGCCCCUAAGAAAAGUGAAUUAACAUUUGUGCUGGGGGACGCCAUUUUAACACAAACGGCUCUUUUAAGAGCCACCCACAAUUUCUGCGAAAGACUGAAUUCACUGGCCUGAUGGGUUUUCUCCCCAGUUGUCGAAAUUGAUUAGUUUUAUGGUUGCGUAUGUCUAAAUGAGGUAUAUUAAACGAAUUGUGGCAACGUAACCGAGCAGUCUAAAACGCUGGAUUAAGAUUCCAGUCUUUAAGAGAGUGGGUUCAGAUCCCACCGUCAGCUACUUAUAUUUGCUUCGUUAUUUACAUUGGUGGUCACA